GACAUUCCCACAUAGCCAGGUGGUCUUGACAGAAAGUUUCAUGUAUUCAUAUCUCAAUUUCCUUUGCAGGAACACCAAUGGAACAUUCUUAAGCAUGGGUCCAUCCACACCAGCCUGGAGCACUGACAGCACAACAAUGAAUCAAAUUUCCAGCACUGGAAACUUACCCUGUGUCACCAUGUACAAAAUCAUCGAUAUUCUUGCUGUCAUCAUUUGCAUGGUUGGGCUGACAUGAAAUGCCAUAGUACUGUGGCUUCUGGGCUUCCACAUGCACAGGAAUGCCUUCUCAGUCUAUGUCCUCAACCUAGCUGGGGCUGACUUUCUCUACCUGUGCGCUCAGACUGUGUUUUUCCUGGAACAAAUCCUUCUUGUGUUCGAUACCAGCUACUUCCAUACUUUCAACUAUCUCCCCAAUGUAUUAAUCUUUGCUUACCUUUCAGGUUUAUGUAUGAUUGCAGCCAUCAGUGUUGAGCAAUGUCUGUCGGUUUUGUGUCCCAUCUGGUAUCACUGCCAGAGACCAAGAUACAUGUCAUCUGUUCUGUGUGCCCUGCUCUGGAUCUUCUCUCUACUGUUAAGCCUUCUGUUAGGGUUUGGUUGCGGUUUCCUGGGUAGUGGUUAUGGAUAUUCCUUCUGUUACAGUGGUAUUUUUACCACUGUUAUACUUAUAAUAGUACUAUUUGUGGUUCCUUGUGGAUUCAACCUGGCUCUGUUGGUCAGGAUCUUCUGUGGCUCACAGAGGAUUCCUGUGACCAGAUUGUAUGUGACCAUUGCACUCACAGUGCUGGUCUUUUUACUCUUUGGUCUUCCCUUUGGUAUCUAUUUGAUAAUUCUUUUUUUGAAUGAGAUGUUGCUUAAUGUUUCCACUUGCAAUUUUAUUGAUUUGAUAGCUUUCCUAUCCUGUGUUAACAGCUGUGCCAACCCCAUCAUUUACUUCCUUGUUGGCUCCAUUAGGCAUCGCAGGUUACAGAGGCAAUCUCUGAAGAUGCUUCUGAAGAGAGCCAUUCAGGACACUCCUGAGGAGGAAGAUGGAGAGAGGGCUUUGUCAGGAAAUCCUAGACAGCAGGAAACAGCCUUGUGUAGUAGUUGA